AUGUCUUCUUCUCUCGAGCAGCUCAAGGCCACCGGCACCGUCGUCGUCUGCGACUCCGGUGACUUCGCCACCAUUGGCAAGUACAAGCCUCAGGAUGCCACCACCAACCCCUCCCUGAUCCUCGCCGCCUCCAAGAAGCCCGAGUACGCCAGCCUCAUCGAUGCCGCCGUCGCCAAGGGUAAGGCUGAGGGCAAGACUCUCGACGAGCAGGUCGAUGCCACCCUCGACCGUCUGCUUGUCGAGUUCGGCAAGAAGAUCCUCGAGAUCAUCCCCGGCAAGGUCUCCACUGAGGUCGAUGCCCGCUUCUCUUUCGACACCCAGGCCUCCAUUGACAAGGCCCUCCACAUCAUCAAGCUCUACGAGGAGAACGGCAUCUCCCGCGACCGCAUCCUCAUCAAGAUCGCCUCCACCUGGGAGGGUAUUAAGGCCGCUCAGGUCCUCCAGUCCCAGCACGGCAUCAACUGCAACCUGACCCUCAUGUUCUCCACCGUCCAGGCCAUCGCUGCCGCUGAGGCCGGUGCCUACCUCAUCUCUCCCUUCGUCGGCCGUAUCCUCGACUGGUACAAGGCCGCUCACAAGCGUGACUACACCGCCGAGGAGGACCCCGGUGUCAAGUCCGUCCAGAGCAUCUUCAACUACUACAAGAAGCACGGCUACAAGACCAUUGUCAUGGGUGCCUCUUUCCGUAACACCGGUGAGAUCACCGAGCUGGCUGGCUGUGACUACCUGACCAUCUCCCCCAACCUCCUCGAGGACCUCUUCAACUCCACCGCUGCCGUCCCCAAGAAGCUCGACGCCGCCAACGCCGCCGGCCUCGACAUCCCCAAGAAGACCUACAUCAACGACGAGGCUCUCUUCCGCUUCGACUUCAACGAGGAGGCCAUGGCCGUCGAGAAGUUGCGUGAGGGUAUCUCCAAGUUCGCCGCUGACGCCGUCACCCUCAAGGACAUCCUGAAGCAGAAGAUCCAGGCAUAG